UCUGACCGCCAGUCACGGCGGAGAGCUGCGGAGUUUGGCUCCUUUCGCUGCCAGGUUCAGUCUCAGUGCUACGCACCCUGCUCGGCCAUGGAGCCGGCCCCCGACGCCGCGGAGGCGCGCGCGGUGCGCGAGGCCCUGGGCCGCUACGAGGCGGCGCUGGAGGGCGCGGUGCGCGCGCUGCACGAGGACAUGCAGGGGCUGCAGCGCGGCGUGGAGCGGCGCGUGGCCGAUGCGCUGCGCCUGGCCAGUCCGCUGGCGCGCACCGUAGCGGAGCUGCAGCGCGACAACCAGCGGCUGCAGGCGCAGCUCGAGCGCUUGACGCGCCAGGUGGAGGCACUGGGCUUGGCGAGUGGGCUGUCCCCCGCGCCUGGCACACCAGGCACGCCCAGCCCUCCGCCGGCGCCCUCUGUCCCGGACCGCGCGCCCCGCCUGGGCACUGCACGCUUCGCCAGCCACGCCACCUUCUCGCUGUCCGGCCGCAGCCAGAGUGUGGAUCUUCUGGAUGAAGCCAGCGAGUCGGAGAUGAGGAGGACCUCAAACUCGUGCAUUGUUGAGAACGGGCACCAGCCAGGGGCAGGUCCAGGUGACGGAACCCCUGAGGCUGCCCAGACCCUCCCAGCACCAGAGGUCCCCAAGCUUCGCCCCAGGAGCCUCUCCUUGGGGCCACCCCACCAGCCAGUCAUGGCUGUCACACGGGUCUCUGAGAGGUUUGCUGGGGAGACCUCAGCCACGGCUCUCUCACCCACAUCUGCCACCAUCCUGGGGGGCCUCAACUCAAGCCCCAGUGAAGCCACCAAACCCUGGACUCCCAGUCUCAGUGAGAAGAAUUCUUCUUUCCCACGGCCUUUGUUGGGCUCUGGCUAUGGGGCAGUAACAGCAGGCAGGAGCAAUGACAGCCCACCUCUGGUGACUCCACCCCAGUCGCCCCCCUCCCCAAAGCUGCCAGCCACCACUCAGACCCAUCGGCAGGGGGAGAGCCGCCGGGAGCUGGUGAGGUCGCAGACGCUGCCCCGAACGUCCAGUGCGCAGGCCCGGAAGGCUUUGUUUGAGAAGUGGGAGCAGGAUACGGUGGGCAAGGGGAAAGGCGAGGCCCGGGCCAAGCUGAAGCGGUCCCAGAGCUUCGGGGUGGCCAGCGCCAGCAGCAUCAAGCAGAUCCUGCUCGAGUGGUGUCGCAACAAGACUCUUGGCUACCAGCACGUGGACCUGCAGAACUUCUCCUCCAGCUGGAGUGACGGGAUGGCCUUCUGCGCCCUGGUGCACUCGUUCUUCCCCGAUGCCUUCGACUAUAGUGCCCUGAGCCCCACGCAGCGGCAGAAGAACUUCGAGCUGGCAUUCACCAUGGCUGAGAACCUGGCUAACUGCGAGCGCCUCAUCGAGGUGGAGGACAUGAUGGUGAUGGGCCGCAAGCCGGACCCCAUGUGUGUCUUCACUUACGUCCAGUCGCUGUACAACCACCUGCGUCGUUUUGAGUGAAGCCCCCUGGGCUUAGAGAGCUACAUGGCAAGCCCAGGAGGAGUCCGUGGGUCCGCUUGUGUCGCCUGAGUUGAGGUGGCCCCAGAAGCGGUGCUUCCUGCGAGAGCGCUGUUGGUUCUGCGGGUGUGGCCGCGCCCCCUCCUGCCCCGCUGUGUCACUGAUUGCAGCACUGCUGAGCGGGCUCCGACCGCGUUGAUCACAGCCAGGGGCCCGAAGGAAAAGGGAAAAUUACCAGAGAGAGAGAGAUUGGUGCUAAGUAAUUAUCUUUCUUUUAAAAAAAUGCUUGUCUGUAGAUUCCAGAAUGCUAAAUCACAUUUUCCCUCUGGUGAAUCUGGUUUCACAGGGUUACAUUGAUUACCAAGUUUUUUUUUUCUUUUAAUCAAAAUACCCAGAGUUUUUUACUUCCUCACCCUAUUGUAGUUUCCUUUCCUCCCUCCCUCUGGGCUGCUGCCAGGAAACAGAGAGACGGCUUAAUCAGCAGCCUGACAAAGAAGACCGAAGCUUUGGGAAGAAAGAGUUUGAUCCCUCCCAGGUCUUGGGCAACAGAUGACCUUCAAGUCACCUCAGCUCUCCAGGGAGAUGGGAAGGCUCUCGCUCGGUCCCCAGGCGCUCCUGCCCUUCCCUGGAGGCCCCACAAGUGUGUGUGGCUAAGAAUAGGCUCUCCUGCAGUUGACACUUUUGGGGAUGGACAGGCCCUUUGUGUAGCGAGAUAGUUUUUACUCACAGCUUUUUGAGGGGAUUUGCUGCAGAUAUUUAUAAAAAGUGACGCCAUCUGUAUCAUUGACCAUUUGUACAUAAAAAGAUGUGUCAAACUUC